AUGAUUUCUUUUCAUCCUUGUGAUAAGCGACUUCGAAAUAAUUCGGAACUUGAUGACCAACACACAAAGACUUUGGCAGAGAGUGUUCAGGAAAAAGUUGAACUUCAAAACAGACUGGAAGAAGUUGAAAAACUCCGAUUGAAAUUCUAUAAACAAGAAGAAGAAAAUGAUGAAUUUCAGGGUCUAGCAACCCAAGAAUUAGCCAAAGUCAAGCAUUUGCUGCUGAAUGCUGAAAAUCAAUUAUCAAAAACAACUGAAGAUUUAAAACAAAACAAAAUUCAUUUAGAAGAAACAGAGAAAUUAAGCAAAGAAAUGGAGAAUCAAAUUGUGUAUUUAAAAGAACAAGUUGAUAGCUUAACAAUAGAAAGUAAUUUAUUGAAAGAAGAAUGUAAAGCAAGAGCCCAGGCUGUAGAGACAUUGACAAUAGAUCUAGCAAAUCAUUUGAAAGAACACAAUAAAUGA